AACAACAAUCGUCCCGUGCCAGCGGUCGAGUGCGCGCAGCCGUAAACAAAUUGUGCAAUUCGACCUGUCAAAAGCGAGUACUAUCAAACGAGAGUCUCGUCUCUUACAGAGAAUAGGGACAGAAUUUGUAAACGCGAGUCAGUGCUACUACCGCUGUUGGACAGUUUUGUGAACGUGCAUAAUACGCGUGUCCCUUUAAAGGCGGAGGCAUACAGAGAGCCGAGUAUCUUCGAGAAGCUGCGUCGAGCCAUGACGACGAGCAAGACGUCGCCGCUGCUGAAGCCGCCGAGUUGAUGCCGUACUUGACGCGAGGACGAUGAUCGCUCUUGGCGGCGCCACCAAGUGCUGCUGCCGUUGCUCGUCCUGAAACUCCGCCGCUGCCGCCGGUUCGACAUUUCGGAGCACCGACACAUACAUCACGAGUUCAUAUAGCUACCAUAUAGCUAUAUAUAGUACGUAGCACACAGAGGGGAUUACGUAGCUUGUACAUAGGAGCGCGUGACUGUGUAUGUGUGCGUAUAAUAGCGGUAGCAGCAGUAGCGGUGGCGGAUAGGCGCCUGUUGGUGUGUACGCGUAGGCGCGCGCUCUAUACACGUAUACUGGCCUGUGAGCCAGACACAUCGACACGCGAAUUUAUGUACGCACACACACAUACAUGCUCAGCGCACGAGACGCCAUAUUGCCCGUAACUCCUCCUCGUCGUCGUCGUCGUCGUCUUGGCCGUCUUCGCUGCAGCAAAACAGCACGCAACACUAUGUUGCUCGAGUGAUACGUGAUCGAGCUUCAUAACCCAACGUCGAAAAAAAAAUCCGGUCGUAGGAUGCACAGUGAUCAGUGAAUGCCGAGUGCAGUGCGUGUGUGCGGGCGUGUAUAUACACGGUGUAGCGCCGAAAGUGCAGCUCAACUUCUGCUGCUGCUGUCCAUCUGUCUGUCUCGCUCUCUCGCUCGUACGUCUCUCUUCCUUCGUCGUAUGUUUAUUGCGGUAAAAUCGCAUAAGGCAGCGGUAGCAGCGAGUUUUCGCGAUCAUGGAGGAAAAUAACAAACUGCAAGAGAAUCAGGAUCAGCCGCAGCAGCAGCAGCAGCACAACAAUGCCACACUGCAGCAGCAGCACGAGACGUCUUCGGCCAAGGAGACCAAGAUCAUCUAUCACAUCGACGACGAGGAGACGCCCUAUCUCGUCAAAGUCAGCUGCCCGCCCGAGAGCGUCACCCUGGCUGAUUUCAAGAACGUCCUCAAUCGGCCCAAUUACAAGUACUUUUUUAAAUCCAUGGACGAUGAUUUUGGCGUUGUCAAAGAAGAAAUCGUAGACGACGACGCGCAUCUUCCAUGCUUCAACGGCCGAGUGGUGUCAUGGCUCGUCCUGGCCGAAGGCAGCAAUCAGUCGGACGGGGCCUCGCAAUGUACAGACACGGCACCGCAGCAAGAUCACCCGAAAGGGCCUCAUCAUCACGACAAGGUCGAUCACGUUACGCCGGGCCACACGACGCGGCCGCCCCUUCCCCCUCUGUCGCACGACGACACCCUGACCGAGACCGAGAGCAUCAUGAGCAGCAGGCAUCACGGCCAGCACCUGCACAAAUCGGCUAGGCAUCACGCUGACAAAUACGAGAAAUACAACAAAUACAACGGCCUGCGCAUUAAUGGCCAUUCGAAACAUCGCUCAGCGAUGGGUUACGAGUCGGCUUCGAUUUUGAGCUCCGAUUUGGAAACGACGACGUUCUUGGAGUCGGACGACGACGCGAGCAGCCGCAUCACCUCGACCACUGGCAGACACACGAUGAGCAGUGCGAUAGACCGUCAGACGAUGGACAGACAGCGUCGGACACAGAGACGUCGGCGCCACAGGCUGCCCCCGAUGUCGCGGACCUCUUCCUUCAGCAGCAUUACCGACAGCACCAUGUCCUUGAACAUAAUCACUGUGUCGCUCAAUAUGGACACGGUCAACUUUUUGGGUAUCAGCAUAGUCGGGCAGAGCAAUAAAGGGGGCGAUGGUGGCAUCUACGUCGGGUCUAUCAUGAAAGGAGGAGCCGUUGCCUUAGAUGGUCGCAUUGAACCUGGUGAUAUGAUUCUACAAGUUAACGAUAUCAACUUUGAGAACAUGUCGAACGACGAAGCAGUUCGAGUUUUGCGAGAAGUCGUUCAAAAACCAGGGCCGAUUAAAUUGGUAGUGGCCAAAUGCUGGGAUCCGAAUCCAAAAGGCUACUUUACGAUACCGCGCACCGAACCCGUACGCCCGAUUGAUCCAGGCGCUUGGGUCGCUCAUACGGCGGCUAUAAGAGGGGAAGGUUUUCCACCGAGGCCACCGAGUGCCACGACCAUCACUUCGACGUCGAGCAGUUUGGCCAGCACCUUGCCCGACGCAGAACUACUCAAUCUAUUUUCAGGGCCGUUCGAUGAACAAGACUUGUCGAUCAACUCUGACAUGACGACGAUCGUGAGAGCCAUGGCCCGGCCGGACUCGGGUCUUGAGGUCCGUGAUCGCUUGUGGCUCAAGAUUACAAUACCCAAUGCCUUCAUCGGUGCCGACGUUGUUGAUUGGCUAAACAAAAACGUUAAAGGCUUCAUCGACAGGCGAGAUGCGCGCAAAUAUGCAUCUCUGAUGUUGAAAGCUGGCUUAAUCAGACACACAGUAAACAAGAUAACAUUCUCGGAGCAGUGCUAUUAUAUAUUCGGGGACUUGAUCUCGGCGAUGAGCAACAUGAAGCUAGACUGCGAUCAAGUCGGCCCGUUGCCACCGCCAAGCUCUUGGGAUAUGCCUUACUCGGGGACUUACGCUCCUCACGCAGCCACGGGAUACAGCCCUAUGCCUUUCAACUUCACUAACGAGCCAACUAUCUACGGCUAUCAGCGCGAGGAGAGCCUGCACAGUGGUUCAGAACUGCAGCUGCCGAUGGUACCGGCCAUGCCGACGAUAGCCAAGAGCACGGCGACGACCCUCACAACGACCGGCGGCAGCGGCGGUAGCAACGGCAAGCGAUCCAGCGGCAGCCGUAGCCGUAGCAGCGGUUCCGAGCAGUCGGUCCGUACGGGCACCGGCUCCGGCAAUACCAAUCAGACGCAGAUAGCCCUGCAUCCACAGCAGCCGCAGCCUCAGCAGCCCCUUCAGCAGCAGCAGCAGCAGCUUCAGAACCAGGGACAGCAGCAGCAGCAGAACCAGCAAGAGCUAUCUGACGAAGAGGAUAUACUGGAGUAUCACUUCUUGCACAAGUAAAGCAGCGACGAGUUGACAGGCCGACGCACUGCGAAAAGCGGCGAAGCACAAAGUAUGUCGAUGCACCACAUCGAUCCAUCUUCCAACCCUCAUGGCAAUUCACGAUUUUUUCUACGACAAUUUGUCGCCCUCGUGUCCGAGUGCGAUGGAAAUUUUUUAUUCAUAUACACGGGCUUCUGAAAGAUGCGAUUUUAAAGUUUUGGACGCGCAAACGAUCAAACUCGUGGAAAAAACUGCGAGGGAUUUAUUGAUCGUAGGUACGCGGUAAAUGUGCAUUAUAAAUACGAAUGCAACGAUUUAUUAUAAUACAGAAAAAAACAUUUUUGUGGGGGGGAGAAUUUGCAGUGAUGUAAAGUCUGCGGCAAAUUGAAAAUCAAUACGAUGACCAUGUCAAUGUAUAACAAUGAAUUUUUUUAAAUAGCGACGACAGUUAUAGUGAUAAAUAACACGUGAUCCCCUUGAUAUAAUACAGGCUGAAAUUAAUAAAGAGGGUAAUUUACAAUAUAAUAUGUAUGCAUUUCUUCAGGAGUUAACACAUUUAAGUAUAUGCACGCGUUAUUGCGUAACAAUUAUUGUAUUAUAAUGUUCGAGGAACAAAAAAUUUUACGAGUAGGAGCCUUAAAAAUCUGGGUCUAUCCCGAAACUAUGAUUCAUCGUACAUUGCUUCAUCGAGAAGUAAUUCAAGAUGGCAUAAUUUUGAGUUACGAUUCUAUUAUAUAUGUGUAUAAUACAGUCAUAACGUUGAAAUUUGUACUAAAUCUGAGAGAAUAAAAAUUAAUAUCGAUACGUCUAUUGCUUAUAAAAUGGUGGCAUUCUGAUACGAUGUAUCAUAAUUUUGGAAUAAUCCCUCGUAUGCACGCGAGACUCUUCGAUGCGGAAUGUGCUUAUUAUAUGAACCCAAUUUUUUAAUCGUGCAAGUGUGACAAUCGUCAUUGCGAGGACUGCACAGAUAUGUACAAAGGUAUUCGUACCCAACUUUUGAUAUGAAAACAAAAAAGUAAAAAUAAUUAAAUCGAAUGCAUUUUUUAUCAAAAUGUCAUUUUUUUGUAAUUAAAAUAUACAAUUGUGAGAAUGUUUUUUUUUCUACUUAACAGGGAUGAAAAUUCAAGAUGAUUAAGAUAUUAUACAAACAUAUACAUAGUAGUUCGUAAGAAUCAUGUUAAGUAAAGUUGAAAUGCGAUCAAAAUUUCAAUACUCACAAACAAAUAAACAUAAAAGUCUGUGCCAAAAAAGUGAAAGUCCCGAUUGCGCGUACAGUAAUAUGUAUUCUCAAAAAAAUCGCACAAGUCUGAUUUAAUAAAGAGUAAUAGACUUCACAUUUCAAUAUGUACAGCGGAAUAAUUAUCAAAUGUAUGUAAGAAGGAAAACAAAUUGUACGAAUUUUUUUGGUCGGAGGCAAUUUUUAUUGUUGCCAACGAUUUUAUAUUCUAGUGAGAUCAAUAAAUCUGAUGUAUUAUAAAAUAUAAUAUAUCAGUAAACAA